AUAUGUCCAAAGUGCCUUGCCGUCUACGUUGGAAACUGCAAUGGAUUGAAGGACCGCCUCACUUGCUACAGUGCUGCACAAGCGCAAGUGAAACGUCAGGAAACUGCUCAUGCAUGAUGUGGAGUAUGCACAGAUUUAUACGCUGAAGAAUCACCAUGUCAACACAAUACCUGCGCACCUCGUAAAGAUGCUGUCGUUCGCAUAGUUCGAAAUUCUACCAAUCCAGGCUCAUGCGAGUAA